AAACGAGCAUCUGGGGUCGAGCGCUCACAUACAUUCAACUUAAGCGAUCUGAUGCGCACAUUGUCACAGCUAUUGCGCGCAUUUCUUUACGCGCCUGUCGUGGUGUGAGGUGUUUGAAUCAAGGAUUUUUAUAUCAGAACGACUCCGAUCGCCACACCGUUUUGGGAGAUUUAUUCGCGAGACUCUCUGUCGGACGGUGGUCCCCGUGUAUGGAUGUAGUGGGCGGCGGGGUGUCGGUCUGAGGGGUCGAUACGGAGCGAUCCGGGGGUUCCUGACGCGCUUUCCCGAGAAUCCCCAGCAGCAGCAGCAGCAGCAGAAGCAUCACCGUCCAGCCGAGCACAUUCAGCAGCAGACGAGAUGAUUCUUCUGGGAAUACUUCUAAAUCUGUUCUUCAUUAAGGGUUCUGUUCCCUCUGUGGUGCCCGUGUUCCCCGGGACUUUGGACUGCAUUGCUGCCGUACAGGAAUGCGUGUUGAAUCCAGAAUGUAAGAGACAGUUCCGACACCUGGAGUACUGUGUGGACGAGGAGGCGGUGGUCCCCCUGAGCCCGGAGGCACGGCAGGCCUGCAUGGACGCCCAGAACAACCUCAUGCACUAUCAACCCCUGCAAGAAUGCAAGUGCCAGCGUGGGUCGCGAAUGGAGCAACAGUGCUUGGUCAUUUACUGGACCGUCCGUUUUCCACAGGGUUAUGAUGACAUUGAGACGUCCCCAUAUGAAGACAUUGAACUGGAACUGGUGAGAAACACGGAAACAUCAAAACUGGCUUCAAUAGUUUCAGUGUCAUCUCUUCCUCUGGCGGAUCAGAACCAGUGUCUCAAAGCAGCUCAGGACUGUGGUUUGUAUGAGAAGUGUGGUUCACUGCGUUCUGAGUAUGCGUUGGCUUGCACUAAGAUCAUACCGGGCACAAACCAUUGUAACCGCCACAAAUGUCAUCGCGCUUUACGGAGGUUCCUGGAGCGCGUUCCAGAGGAGUACAGCUUUGGUGUCUUGUUUUGCCCGUGCUCGGACACUUUAUGUGGGGAGAGGAGAAGGAAGACCAUCGUUCCCUCAUGUUCCUAUGAAGAACGAGACGGACAGCCCAACUGCCUCCAUCUGGAGAGCUACUGCCUUAAAGACAACCUGUGCAGGUCGAGAUUGGCUGAUUUCCAGCAGAACUGUCAGCCGUCUUCUCUCUCCCCCUCCGGCUGUCUCCGGGAAAGUGGAGCCGUGUGUCUCAAGGCCUAUGCGGGACUCAUCGGCACCAUCAUGACUCCAAACUACGUGAGUAACAGAAGUACAGAGGUGUCGCAGUGGUGUAAUUGCGAAGGCAGCGGGAACCAAUGGCAAGACUGUCUGCGUAUCCUGCACAUGUUCAACAGCAACACCUGCCUGCGUAAUGCCAUUGAUAGCAUGGGAAGCUCCACCCCUCGUCCAGUGGAGGGCACACCAUUUCCUCCACCUCGUCCCUCCCCCCAGGUCCAGCGCGAUGAGCUGAACAUUAACCUGCUGCCUGAACCCAAUACAGUGGUGGAAAGUGAUGAAGAGGAGGAGGAGGAGGAGGAGGAGGAGGAGGAAGAAGACGAAACCGGAGGAGGGUUCAAUGUGAUCCUUCCAUUCUCAGAGAAGGCGACAGUGACCAACCUGGGCUCCGAGGCUGGCCGGGUCCACAGCCUGGCCUCCACCCUCUCCACCCCUCACUUCCUGCUCUCAGUUCUGCUGCUGAUUGCCCUCAGCUGGGGGUAGACACCCCCCUUACACACACACAUACACAAUCCUACACACACAUACAUGCAAACACACUCUCUACUGAAGUACUCACUCACAUCCAGACUCUAAGACAUAUUAUAUAGAUGGACGAAAAGAACGACAAAUGGGAGGGAGGAAGAGAGCAAAAAUAGAGGAAAACUGUUCUAUCCCUCUAUCGAUUUCGGAAUCCGAUUCUCCUGGUGAAUCAUUUGAAUCACAAAGCUACGACUCCUCGGACUGACUGGUGUUGAUUACAGCCGAUGGUUAUUGAGUGAUUUGAACAUACUUUGUAUCUAUUGUAUAUUGUCAGUGUGCUUCAGAUAUGGAAAGGAAAAGUGAGUUAAACUAGGCAAAAUUACUGUUUAAGACUCACUAUAUGGCUUUCCCUAAACUUGUUCCGCAUCCAAGCUUGCAUUCAGAAACCCGCUCUGUUUGUUGUUGCUGAACUUGUAUGAGACAAAAUGUAUGUGUGUUCUUGUAAAUUUGAUUUCCUUGACAUCGCUGCUCGUCGACAUGAGAGAAAAAAUCGUCAAGCACUAUUCCUUCAUUUUUCACACCUCUGUGUCUCACAAGCCGGGUCACACACCUAGCAGAGCGAUCGCGCAGAUGCAAGCGUUUUUCAUUUAUUGCUCUAUCUGCGAUGUCCUUUCAUUUUUGACUUGGCACAGAUUGUGCACUCUAACCAGGGGCAUAAAUAGAACCUUGAACAGAAAAAAACAUGAGUAAUAAAGCCAAAAUAAAGAAAUAAACAAGCAAAAUAAAGAAAUAUAUCGGCGCACAGCAGGCAUCAUGUCCGGUCUGGGUUUAGAACCUGAGGGGAAGAAACAGGAAGUCAUUUUCCAGCCGCUUGUCACCCGGUACCUUCUCUCGGUGCCUGUUGUUUUACUUUCACAGAGAUAAUGGCUUACAACACAAACUGUUUAUCUUGUUGUGUGUUCACGGCAAAGAAUUACUUGUGAUGGGAAAGAAAUUGAAAAAGAGAUCUGGGGGUGGGGGAGGAGGUUGGAACAGAGACUUAAACCCUACAGCAAAAAGAAACAUGCAGUCUGGAAUCACAUGCUUUUUCUGUUUCUUAUA